GUCUCGAUCGCCGAGGAGGUCGGGGCCUCACCCGCGCAGGUGCUGGUGGCCUUCAGCCUCGCCAACGGCUUCGUGACGCUGCCCAAGUCGGUGCACGCGGAGCGUCAGCUGAGCAACGUGGAGGCGGCCGACAUCAAGUUGACGCCCGAGCAGGUGGCCAGGCUGGCCUCGCCCGAGUCGUACAUGCCCACGGCGCCAUGGGACCCCGUCAAGCAGCACGCCGUGUAA